AUGAAGAGAGAUGGAGAGAAGGGAAGCGUGACCAUGAUAUUGAUGAACUGGUAUCGGCAAUACGGAUCGGUUUACGUUGUGUGGAUGUUCUUUAUUCCCGUUGUUAUCCUGUCUGAUCCUGAUAUGGCCAAAAAAGCCCUCAUCACACUAAAUUUGCCCAAAGAGCCAGGACUUUACUCCAAAGUCAGCAGCGUGUUCGGCCAACGAGCUGCGGGGCAGGGGAUUUUGACAGAAGUCGAUCACGACGCUUGGCGUCUUAAGCGAGCAAUGUUAGAACCGGGAUUUCACAGGAAGUAUCUAAUGAACUCGAUGGAGGCUUUUAAUUCGAUUUGUGGCGACUUUCUGCAAAAUCUGAGGAAAUAUGCCGAUGGUAAAACGCCUGUCAGGAUGGUGGACGAAUUUAAAAAGAGUCAUCCUCGACAUUAA